GAAGAGAGCGACACCCAUAGCUCCGCUUUACCGCCGCAUUCUCGAGCGUUCGUCUCCGUUCGUCUCCUCGUACGGCAACCAGCAGGCGAGCGAGUGCCACACGUCGUCCGUGUCGCGCGCAUACCAUUAUUUUCGUGUCUCGUGUUCAACCUAGAAUACACAGGUCUCUCUCCCCUUGUAACACGUAUCGGGGCGAGUCGCGUAUCAUUCGGUGCAUUGGUGCUAAUGGCGCUCGAUCGUUGUUAGUCGCUCCCGAUUGGCGUCUUUUACCUGCGGUGAGUAGUGAAGUCGGUGGUAAAAAUAAUAUCUGGCGUCCGAGUAACGUGCGCCGUGUUCCUCUUUUUUUUUUUUUCGUUCUCUGCCUUUACGGCGCGUCCAUUCACUUUGCGUUGAUGUUAACACGUUCGCCGAGAUCCGGCUGUAAUAAACUAUCUUUCGAGCGUUAUUCCGUCGUUGCGUGCAGAUUUGUGCAGUAGAUCUCUCUACUACGACGUUUACGAAGUGAAAAGGAGAACGUGAAGGAGACAGUGGGAUUAUACCUCAAGUGUGCUCCUCGGCAGUGAAGUUCAUCUUUCUUUUUUUUUCCUGUUGGUGUGUUAUUUACAUACACAGAGGUUAGCGACGGUAACUCGCGCCAAGUAUGCUGUAAAAACCGAUACGUUGUGCGUCUCAGCAGUGCGUGAGAGGGGUACGUAACGAAAAAACGAGAAACAGGAUAAUAGACGUGAAAAGAAAAGUGGAUGUGAGUGAUACGUUGGUACGUUGUGACGACAACGACGACGGCGGCGGUGACGGUGACGACGGUGACGACUCUGCGGAUUACUCGCGGACGAAGAAGUCGAGCAACAAAAUGAUGGGAAAGAGAACGCAGUGCUACUUGUGCGAUCUGCCCAGGAUGCCCUGGGCGAUGAUCACCGAAUUUUCGGAACCCGUGUGCCGCGGUUGCGUGAACUACGAGGGCGCCGACCGGAUAGACGCUGUACUGGAAUCGGCGAAACAAAUGAAAAAGGCACACGGCUUCCACGAGGCCAGAUCCUCGACGUCGAAGGCGUACAGAACGACCGGGCACACCGAGCAUAACGGCGGUGCUAAUUUGGACGUUCUGCCGAUACAGAACACCGGACAGAAUCACUCGAGGCAUCACAACAUCGCCGGCUACUCGCAGCUCCAUCACCGGAACUCCAUAAACGAGUUCAAUUCUGCGACGUCGAGGCAGCAAAUCUCGCGACAACACGACGAGACCCACGAGAUGGCGAACGGCAUGAGGAGCAAUAACGUGAGAAUUCCGAACGCCCACCUAGCCGCGGUGGCGCAUCACGUAAACCUCAGCCAUAACAGAGGCAUCGCACAGCUCAAGCGAAGUAUCUCGACUAUCGACGAGGACGAGCACGCCGAGAAGAGGCUCUCGUUGGAGGAGCAGCAUUCGGUCAGGCCGCCAUUGACCAGGGGCGAUUCUUUGCCAGCUGUGAGCCUCGCCGUCAGUUACGUCCAGGAUAGAAGCAAGGAGAAGCAUCCUGUUAGGGCGCCUAGUUUCGAGACCGCCACCACGUUCAAAACGAACGGGGCGUAUGUCGGUCCGUCUAUCCCGCUGGCACCAGCAAAUGUGGCGGCAAACGGCGGAGGGUCUCCUCUUCGCCCGCGAACGAGCCCUCCGCCACCGCCGCCACCGGCUCAGGAAGCCUCCAAUGAUAAUCCACAGACGAACCAUCACCAGGGUUCGACAAAUGGCCCGUCACCAAUGGCUGCGCUCAUGUCAGUCGCUGAUAAUUUAGCGUCGCCAGAAUCAGUACCACAACCACCGAAUAACCCGAGCCCGACCAGCAGAAGCCCACCGACCACGGCGACUAACGCUCAGCAACGCAGUGCCUCCAGAGGAUCGCAGCAUAGCCCGAACAGUACAGCAUCCUCGGGUAGGAGGUCCAGUGGUUCAAGGCACGUGUCGUCGACAACAGUGACAACGUCAUCGGAAGGAGCAGUCGCACAAGUCGCUGGAGCCGAGCAAGUGUCAGCGCCGAUAUUAAAGUGCACCCUGUGUCAAGAACGUCUCGAGGACACACAUUUCGUUCAGUGUCCCAGCGUACCACAUCACAAAUUCUGUUUCCCUUGUAGCCGAGAGAGCAUAAAGAGACAGGGUGCUGGCUCAGAGGUUUAUUGCCCAAGUGGAGAGAAAUGUCCACUGGCAAACAGCCAGGUGCCAUGGGCGUUUAUGCAAGGCGAGAUAGCCACUAUCUUGGGUGACGACACCACAGGCUCUGGGCUUAAAGUAAAGAAAGAGAGAGAAACUUAAAGAUCCUCAUGCUGUUUUAAAACGGGUCUCAAAUUUUGCACCCUCUUCGACGAGGGUUGAUCAUUGGUGGAACCGUGAAGGUUCAACCAAAAAAAUAAUACUUUUUUGGUAAUAGUGACAAAUGUUUGGCAACGAUAUUGCCAACAUUAUUCGAUUCGAGCCAAAGACGUUGUCGGUGUAAAUUGGAAUUAAAUAACGAAGUUGUUGAAGUUGUUGUCGGGGAAAGUGGACGAUUUUUUUUCAGCGAUGCGUGCUCGCUGGGGGUUUCUGUUCACCGAGGCAACACCGAUUGUUUCGAUCGAUCAUUCGUUCGUUUCUUCAACGAACAAUUGUUUUUGACUGGUCUUGAGAAGAAGUCUUUGGCAAUUUUUGACAUGCUGGCUGGCGUUCGGCACACGUGUAUAUAUGGGAUAAUCAUAGAACGGUUAAUGCGCGAGGAGAAUAAAAAUAAAAUGGUUCUUGUCGAAUAUAUAUGAAUAAACGUUAAGGGAAACCGCGAGAGAGAUUUUUGUGUCCGGUUUGGGUUUGUACUUAGGCUCGAUUGCCUUUCUUUAUUGUUUCUUGUGUCGCGAACAUUUUCGCGUUUCUUGAAGUACAACAAAACACACAUACAGAAGAUAUAUGUUUUACACACUAUAUACAUACAUACCUAUCUACACGAUCAUCAUCACCAUUAUCAUCGUCAUCGUUAUCAUCAUCAUCAUGAUGCCUCCUCUACAUACAACAUACAUACGAUUUAAACAUAAACAUAAAUAAAACACAUAUACGUAAUAUAAAACACGGAUUCCAUUGAAAUCAGGCGGUUGUAUGGUACUUUAUUUUUACACACGCUGUGUCGCGUGAUCGCGGAUUAACUGAAGUCGGGAGAGAGAGUAUCGUGCUUCGGUAUUCUAAAAAACACCUGUCGAGGGCAAAUCCCCGAUCGGUCGUCUUUUUCUAAUCUUUUAUUUGUAUACUCUUUCUACUACUUGCUACCUACACACUCGUUGUAUGAUAGGAAACGAAGAAAGAAAAAAAAAAAAAAAAAAAAAAAAAAACAUACGGCGGACAUGUUCAGACCCAGCGUACGGGUUUUUCUGUACAUUGUGUAUAUGUGUACAUACCAUUAUUAUUAAUAAAACUUAUGGACUAAAGGAGUAACCAUUUUUAAAUGUACAAAAAGAGAAAGGAAACUUACAUUCGUUUUGCACGUUAUUACUAUUAAAUUAUUUUUCUUUCUUAUUUCUUCUUUUUUCUUAUUUUUAUUUUUUUAUUUUUUUUCUUCUUGAAACGUUACAAGGGAUGGAAAAAAAAAACAACCGUACGUCUAUGUAAAAAAACAAACAGUAAGAUGUUCGAUCGCAUUUUGUUCAUUUCUCUCGUCAUUUUCUCUUUUUUCUUUCUCGUUUUUUUUUUUUGCGACCAAAAGAAAAAUCGCGAAAUCUCUUUUUUAAGACACGUCUGAUGGUAUCCGAAAUAAAAAAAGAAAAANAAAACGUAAAAAGGAGUAAAAAAAAAAAAAGAAAGCGAAAAGGAGUAAAUAAAGUAAGAGGAGAGACGAAGAACACAGAAAGAAAGCGGAGGAUGGGGGGGGGGGGGGGGAAUGGAAAGAAACGAAACGAAACGAGAAACCGAGGAAAAAGGAAAAUGUAAUGCGAGCAUAUAUAUGUGUAUAUAUAUGCAUAUAUAUAUACAUAUACAUAUACAUACGUUGUUCUCUCUCGCUAACGUACGGGGAUCCUCUCGCGAGUUCUUCUGUCCGCCCCUGACAAACGAGAGGAUCCCGCGUACGCUAGUUUACACACGCGGCUCCAUUUUGUAUAUAUUUGUACAAAACGGAUUUGGCACAAUAAUAAAGUUGGGGAGGAGGGGAGGGCGAAGUCGCGCGGAGAUCUGAAACAAUCAAUGCGUUCGCGUAGAGCUCAAGUUUCUAUCCAGAGACGCUUCGUACUCUGUUAUUGGAUCUCUGAUUUUCCGGCGGAACUUGAGGAACUCGGUAGUUGUUCUGUUGGUCAACGGCGCUCUUUUUUUUUUCGAAUCGCACGUUGCUUCGACACGCGAAUACGGUGAAUACGCGCGAUCGAGGCAGCCCAGUGUUUAGAGGCUAUCUGCGUUAGCAUAAGCAAAUUUAUUAUGUAGGCGUGCAAAAGGAAAAACAUUUCGAUGAAAGAGAGUGAGAGAAUGCUGAGCGACUAAAUACGGUGGAAAAGAGCGAACACAUUGAUUAAACCUUUUGCUAUGAUACACCAUCGGGACCCGACAGUGCUCUUUGAGCGAUACAGAUCUGAGUAAUUUUUAUCAAUUAUCUCUUUCUCUCUCUCUCUCUCUCUCUCUGUAACAAAUUGGAUUGUUUACUAUUCUCUAAGUUUUGAAAGAAUUGUAGCCGUACUGUAGCGUGUCAAGUACCGGUUUAGUGUUUGCAGUUCAUGAAUUAAAACUUCAUGAAAUUCUUGCCCUUCGCGAUACAUUUUGUCAACGGGGAGAGAUAUGUGGAUGUGAGCGGUUUAAGUGCAGUUGAUAGAAACGACAUAGUCAAUCUCUGUGGUAUUGCGUCAUUUGCAAAUUACAUGUUGUACACACUCGCAUUUUGUAAAUUUGAUUUUGCCUGCUUAUUACUUUACUAUUGUGCUUUGUAUUGUUAUUUAUGAUAAUUGUCAAUUUCAAGGUUUUGUACUGAUGGAGAACAGAAGCUGUAGUCAAUUAUAAUCUUUUGCUUGCACAAGCAGACAAAAUUGUGAUAAACUUGUGUCUGACAUGCAUUGAUCA